AAAUUCCUAAAUCCGAUAAGUCACAAUUCGAAGUCCAAUUUCUUCUUCGGUGUAGAGAGAGAAAUUGUUUGGUCAGUUCUCUUCGUAUCGAAGAAAUUCUAAAUCCUCGUCCGAAAUGUCGGGAAAAGGAGCCAAGGGACUGUUAGCUGGGAAAACACCGGCAUCAAAGGACAAAGAUAAGGAUAAGAAGAAGUCCAUUUCUCGCUCCUCUCGCGCUGGCCUUCAGUUCCCUGUGGGACGGAUCCACCGACUUCUGAAGUCAAGAGUUACUGCUCAUGGAAGGGUAGGUGCUACGGCUGCUGUCUAUUCUGCAGCUAUUUUGGAGUACCUAACUGCUGAAGUGUUGGAGUUGGCUGGUAAUGCGAGCAAGGACUUAAAGGUGAAGCGUAUCACGCCUAGGCAUUUGCAGCUGGCUAUACGUGGAGAUGAAGAACUUGACACUCUCAUCAAAGGAACCAUAGCCGGUGGUGGAGUGAUCCCUCAUAUACACAAGUCACUCAUCAACAAAUCCUCCAAGGAAUAGACAAUAAUGUUCUUGCUAUCGUCUUUAGGCUUAAGCUAUGUAGACUUACAUAUGUUCUAUUUGUCGCAUGUUUUGAUGCAAACAGUGAAUGAUUGGUUUUCUUUCAGCCAUUUCAUGUGCUUGUCAUGAUGUAGACGUCAUUUCAAUUGUACCACGUUAAUGGACUAAUGCAACAUGGAUAAACUAGUUUUUGUUAUAUGUGAA